AUGUACAUACCUUUCGUGCUCGUCAGGCCAUGCCUUCAGGGUAGGGAUCAAGAUAGUCUGGGCAAUAGAGAUGAUGGAAGGAGGGGGCGUUUGCUUGGGAGGCAUGCCAGGCUCCCAUUUGGAGCCAGAGCCCUCCUCCCAAACCUGGAAGACGCGGGCAUAGAUACGCCAGAGAGUGGAAAUGGCAGUCUUGCGGCAGCCUUCGUACGAGUGGCCGGUAAAGGGGAGGACUUUCUCGAUGGUCUUCUCAACCACAGUCUCGAGAUCGUUGGUACCACACGAGUGGGAAAUGAUGUCGCCAAGAACGUCGAGAGCAAUCUCCUGCUCAAGAGCCACGGCGGUGACAGCACCGAGACCCUCAAGAUCUUCGAGAUCAUCCCAGUCAUCAUCACCCUCAACCAUUUCAUCUUCCUGGUCAUCAUCGGAGGCCUUCACCUUGAUCUGCUUGCCGCCGACAACGAUGGAACCAUCAAUGAGUCCGCUGGUAUCCAGACCAGAGAGAUCGAUCUCUUCCUCCUCAAGCUCAAGAGAGUUGAACAGACCCUCAAGAGCACCCUUGAGGAAGUGGUUGAAGUCCUCCUUGUAGACCUUGGCAAGGUUGGACCAAAGAAUGAAGCUGGUCUCCUUGAGACGAGGGUUGUCAAUACCCAGAGCCUCUUCACUUGCUUCCAUCAGCUUCAUGACGUAUGGCUGGAAGGCUUCGGGACCAACGGCCAAAGCGAUGCGGCCCAUGCUGUCGCAGGUGGAGCUUCGCAGCUCCAGAGCUUCAUCAUUCUCCUUGGCAACAACGAACUUUCCAAGAGCUUCCAUGACAUCGUUGAAGUAAGGAAGGAAGUCCUUUUCCAUCGCAGCAGCAAUGGCACCAAGAGCCGAGGCAGCAGAAGACUUGACGCCAAAGUCUGUGUGGUCAAGGAGCCUGACCAUGGGUCCCACCAGAUUAGGUCCGUACUGAGCCAUAAUCUUGGUGUCAACACCAUCACCGAGUGUGUCAAGUGCAGUGCAGGCAGAGCGGAUAAUGUUGAUGUUCAUCUUGUCGGAAGGACCUUCGGAAGCGGCCUGCAAGUUCUUCAGGACAGCAUUGAUAAGUUCCUCGUGGUGGGAUACCAUCUCAUCCACCAUCUCUUCGGAGAGGUGAAUCAGACCAAUCAGAGAAGCAUAUCUGACCUGAGUCUCGGCGUCGCUCAAAAGGCUAACAAUGAUAGGGAGGAGAGGCUUGAGCUGAGUGGAUAUGAAAUCAGGCGCACCCUCGGCAGCGUUACCAAGAGCAAGCAUGGCGGCCAUACGGAAUUGAGGCUUCUGGUGAGCAGCGAAAAUAGGGAACUGUUCCAGAAGCGGGAGAAUGACUUGGCGGGGAGGAAGCUCGUUGGCAAGAGUGUCGACAAGUCUGAUGGCGCUGCGGGCAGGAGUGAGCUCCUCAUCAUCGUCGGUCUCAAUCUCACCAAUGAUGUGCAUAGCCUUGACCAUGAGCUCAAUCUCCAGAACCAAGUCGAGGAGAUCCUUGAGGUGCUGGCCCAGCAGGUUGGGGUCGUGAGCAACGAAGGUCUCGAAUACCUCGAAGACAGUGUUGUAGCCCUCACUGUCCUCAUCCUGAAUAGUAGCCUUGAGGAUGUUGACGAGGCCAGGCAAGAAGCCCUGGAGAAGCUGUGUUGCCUGAGGGUCCUCCUCUGGCUCAACCAGAGGGGCGAUGACACCAAUCGCGCGAACAAUGUUGAUACGAACAUCCUUGCUCUGGGGGUCCUCCAGACGGGAGCCGCACAGCUUGAGCAGAUCGUGGAUGUGGUCGAGGAAGUGCAUUGGGUUGUUCUCGAGCAUGGCAAGACCAUCAAGGAGGUGUGUGCGAGCAAGCUGGCGCUGGUCCUGAGCGGUUUUCUCGCCCCAGUACUUGGGGACCAGGCGGAGGGCCUGCACGUAAGCGAGCUGGCGGACAUCCUGAGCUUCGUUGGUGAGAGCGAUCUCGAUCAAAAGGAGAAGCGACUCGGGCUUGGAGUAGAAGUCCUUCUGGAGUUCGGCAGUGGCGGCCUUGACCUGCUCGGUGUUUGCUGCGAAGCCUCAGAGUUAGUAGCUGACGCAGACAAUCUGGUCACGGCGGUGGUGACGCUUUGA